CUCUUGUCCACCAACCAAGUUUUCACCAUGAUGCUAGACUCUCAGUCGAUACCAGGAGAUAGCAGUGAAGAAGACUUUGAGUGGGAGGAGGUUGAUGUUCCUCAACAAAUUCAUGAAACCAACCCAGAGUUAGAACUCCAGUUGGAAGGACCGACUCCACGCGCGAACAUUGAAAUCACUCUACAUUCAGGGACGAAGAAGGAUGAUUCUAAGAAGGCAGCAGCAGCAGCAGCACGAGCUGAACGCAUCUUGAGGAUUGGGACCCACAAGGUCCAUACAGUAUGUCUUCUUGCAAAUGCGAGAGUGCGGAAUAAGUGGCUGAACGAUGAGCUUCUUCACGCUCGAUUGUUAUCCUUAACACCACUUCAUCUUCAUAAUGGUUUUGCUCUAAUACACAAGUCUCGCGUACCCGACCAGAAUAAGCGAGGUCGAUUAUUUGAAGCCAGCGUUACUCGCCUGGUGGAAUGGUGGGCGGGCACAUUUUUCAGCGUUCUUCCUACAGGACACAUCAAGAACAGGACUUUCGGCGAGAACGAGCGUGAUCUUGCCCUACGUGGAAACGCAAUCUUUGAAGACGAGGAAAGCGACGACUGGGAACGUAUUCGAAGUCCAAAUAGUCUUAUGAAACACGCCUUGAUGCAAAGUGGUUCUCGUGAUACAAGUGCACAAUUGUUCACUGCGUUGUGUCGAGCAUUGGACAUCCCUGCUAGAUUGGUUGUUAGUCUUCAGAGCACUCCGUGGCAGUCUAGUGUCGGAAAAUCCAAGUUCAAAACCGACAACAAAGACCGUCCACUAUCUCGACAGAAGGGGAAGCAGAGAGCCAGAGACACUGAUGUUUUAUCGCAAGACAGCGACUUCGAAGAGGCGAAAGAAAUCAACUCCAAGUCACCAGCAGAAGUUCUGGGCGACUCGUCCCCUGGGGAAACUUCGGCUCAAGCCAAAGGGAAAGGGAAGGCACAGCCGGUCAUCAAGCUCAGGAAAACUAAGGGCUACUCUAAAAAUCGAGCGAGCACCAGAGACGGCUGGUGGCUUCCUAUCGAUCCAAUUCGUGGUCUCGUCAACAAACGCCAUGUGUUUGACCCUUCCGCUGAGAAUACAUUCAGGACUGGAGUACCACAAGAAAAUCGCAUGACUUACGUGGUUGCUCUAGAAGAGGAUGGUUUCGGCCGUGACGUGACAGCACGAUAUGCCAAAGACUACACUGCUAAAGUGGCGAAGGUGCAAGGAGUUGGGAUAGGCAGGCGAAAAGAGUGGUGGGAUAGUGUCGUGCAGUUAGUGACUAGACCCUAUCGAUUGCAACGCGAUGAUACCGAGGAUACGGAACUGCAUAACCAUCAGCUUACCGAGGGCAUGCCCACCAUGGUUGCCGGAUUCAAGGGUCAUCCUUUAUAUGUUCUCUCACGGCAUCUGAAGCGUGAAGAGGUUAUUGAUCCUCCUGUCGAAUUGGGCAAGUUCCGGGGCGAACCUGUAUAUCCUCGAUCUUCGGUCAUAUCUCUGAAGACCGCGGAAAACUGGAUGCGCCAAGGGCGCGUGGUUCGAGAAGGCUGCCAACCUAUGAAGAUGGUCAAGCAACGUGCUGUCACUAUUGGCCGCAAGCGGGAAAUGGAGCUUGCACUUGAGAAAGCAAGAACAGAUACCCACGGUGGAGAUGGUCAGGAGGACAUGCAAGGCCUAUACGCAAGGUCCCAGACGGAGCUUUACAAGCCUGACCCAGUCAUUGACGGAAAAGUUCCUAAGAACGAUUUUGGGAACAUUGAUCUGUAUGUUCCGUCAAUGCUCCCUGAAGGUAGUAUUCAUAUCCCGUUCAAAGGCGUUGCCAAAGUAGCCAAGAGGCUUGGCUUUGAUUAUGCAGAAGCAGUGACUGGUUUUGAAUUCAGGAAUCGGAGAGCUAUCCCGAUAAUUGAGGGAAUUGUUGUGGCCGAGGAGAACGAAGCCAUCAUAGUGGAGGCUUAUUUGGAAGCUGAAAAUGAUGCAGAAGAGAAAGCCCGCGCCAAACGUUUGGAUCAAGUUCACAAGCGUUGGAUACGUCUAGUGCAAGGGCUUCGGAUUCGAGAUCGUCUCCAAAAGCAAUACGCAUCCAAUACGGAUGAUGCAACGCCGCAGCAUUGGUUGGAUAUGCAGAAUGCUGAGGCACAUCAAGGCGAGCAACAACCAGGAGGGUACCUCACCACCGCGGACGAUGUGGUGAAGCCGUUUCAUCUCCCGAAAGAUCAACAUACCGUUUUGCCUUCGUCCUUACUUUCUUCGACCACCGGUGACGAUGGCGCCGAAAUCGACGAGGCUGUACCCGAGCGUAGUGGUGUUGCGGUGUCUUAUACACAUCCCCGUGAUUCGCCGCUUCAUUUCGCCCAAGAUGUGCAGAUGGGAGAGAUAUCCGCUGACUUGCCUUCUCGGCGGAGUAAUGCGAUGCCCAAGUCCAUGCGCGAGCUGGCCGAAGACGACUUGAGGAGACAGGCCUCGGAGAUCGCUCCUUCUGAUGAGCCUGAACGUCGGUCAAGUUCUACUCCUGUUGCGAGGAUGAUAAGAGGCGGGCGAGUGAAGGCGCCAAUGAAGAGUGGUACUAAUACCCCUUCCAAGGGCAGCUCGUCUGUAAAGCGGCAAAAUGGAAAGAAGCGGAUCAGAGAAGAUACCGAAAGCGCAUCAGAGGACGAUCAUAGAUUCGACAAUGCAGCUUCUACACGUGAUGGGAAUUCCAGUAAUGGAAACCCAACCACCACGCCCGGCAGAGUCCUGCGGCCUCGCCCGCAGAAGAACGCUGCUAAAUUGCGUGAAGAAGCUGAGUUAGAACGAGCGUUCAGAAGAGCGAUAGCAGAGUAGAUCCAUUUGAGGGGCUUCUCCGUACAUUAUAGCUUUAUGAUUUAUG